UUUUGUUAUUGCUUUUUGCAAGUUUCAAUCUUUAACCUAGUUUUUGUUCAUAGCUGUUAUUAUCAUUUGGUCAUUCUUUUUGGGUGCUUUUCCUUUGCUGUAAGUUUUUCAAAUUAGAUCAGCUAAUUGGGUUUUGCAUGGUAGAUUUGUUUUGCCUUGUUGGGUUUUUCUUUUUGAAGUCCCAGAUUGGGUUCUGAGGAUGCUAGGAAAGGGAAAUAAGGGUAAAAGUUUGUAAAAGAUUUUGAGUUUAUGUUUUGUUCUGUGUUGCCUUUACUCUAAAAAGGAAAAAAAGAGUAUAAAAAGUUUAGCUUUGCUUGAGUUUAGGUUGCAAAAACUGGCUCUAUGGAUUGGCAUUUAUGUUUUCUUAAGACCAAAAUUGAGGAUGAAUUAAUUGAUUCAAAGUUCAAAGCUAUAGGGCUGGUUUUGUUGAAUUUGACAUAAUCUGAUUAUGAAUUAUGUUUUUGGUUGUUUGUUUUAACAUUUUUGAGCAGUAAAUAUUGGCAAAUAAAAGGCAGGAAAUUGGAUUAAAGUUGAUUUGUCGAAUUAGAUAAAGAACAGUACGGUUAGAUCUAAAGCAUAUUCUAGCCAUGUCUUUUAUUGGUACCCAGCAGAAAUGCAAGAUUUGUGAGAAGACUGUCUAUCCUGUGAAACUUUUGUCAACAGAUGGGGUUCCUUAUCGUAAGUCUUGCUUCAAAUGUAGUCAUUGCAAAGGGACUCUAAAGUUGGGUAAUUACUCCUUGAUGGAAGGUGUUCUUUAUUGCAAGCCUCAUUUUGAGCAACUCUUCAAGGAGAUGGGUAACUUCAACAAGAAUUUUCAGUCACCUGCAGAGUCAGCUGAGAAGUUAACUCCCGAGCUGAUGGUGGAAGUUAAUGUUCCUCAACUUCUCUUGGAAGAAUAAAAGCACAACUUCGAACAAAUGGGCCUAACAAGAUACUUGGAAGAAUUGAUUCCAAAUGCUGCUAUUGAUGAAUUCUGUAAGGAUGGCAAUGUCAGUUGGGUUUGUUAGGUUGGAGAAUGGACAAACAAAUAUGUAUAGAGAGGAAUUGGAGAGAAAAAGAGAGAGAUGACUAAAAUUAGUUGAGGAAAAUGAUUGUAAAAAUUGAAUUUAAGACAUUGUAAACGUUGUAAAGACCUUUGAAAAUGAUUUUUAAAGCAUUUGAUUUUUGGGGCAUUAGUUCUACAAUUUGAUUUCAUGAUU